GUAGGACAGAAACAGAGAGUAUAAAGUUUACCGCUAUUAUCCUCUGUAAUGUAAACAAAAUCAAAAGGACAUGCACGGGAAAAGGUGAAGCAGGACAUAGUUGAAAUUAAAAUGGGAGAUCAAACUGCUGAAAUAGACAUUUAUCGAGACACUCCUAUUAGAUUGUUGGGUUAUGCAAAUGAAGUUGGAGAAUCUUUCAGAGCUUUGGUUAAAAAGAGUUUUGUUCAUGCUAGUUAUGUGGUAGCGUUUGGGUAUGUUUUUGCCGAUACUGCAGAUAAAGUAAAAAAAAGGAAUAAAAUUUUGGAUGAGAAUGACCCUUCCAGAAAGGCAAAACUAGUUACAUCUGCUGUGGAUACUCUAGUUUGGCAAACCUUAGCUUCUGUAGCUAUUCCAGGAUUUACCAUCAAUAGGCUUUGUGCAACCUCCAUGUAUUUGCUAAAGAAAAAUACUAAACUACCGUCUUCCACUAGAAAAUGGACUACAGUAGCUAUAGGUCUUGGUAGCAUCCCUUUUAUUGUUAAACCAAUAGAUCACUUAGUAGAUUCUAUAAUGAACAAUACUUUUAGAAAAUGGUUCAUGUAGAAUUUAAUAUGUGAAGUUAUAGUGUAUACUUAGCAAUUUUCUGUUAAUAUUGUUUGCAUUUUUUUAUGGAAACAACAAUGAAAGAAAAAAUUUAAUCUAGAUAUUCUUAAUUUUUGAAAUAUUUCAGCAUGUGGAUAGGAAUAUAAAGAUGUCCUUCUUGUGGAGAUUUUGAAAAUGUUUUAUGUAGAAUUUUAGAAAACUUCUAGUAUAUUCUUAGGAAUUUCCAGUUAAUAUUGUUUGCAUUCUUCUUUUACGAAAACAACAGUGAAAGAGAAAUAUAAUCUAGAUGUUCUUAAUUUUUAAAAUAUUUUAGUAUGUGGAUAGAACAUUAAAUUAGUUAAUUAAUUUCUCCUUGUGGAGAUGCUGAAAAUGUUUUAUGUGGAAUUUAUGUAAAUUUCUGGUAUAUUCUUGGCAAUUUUCAGUUAAUGUCGUUUGCAUUCUUCUUUUAUGAAAACAACAGGGAAAGGUAUAAUACAAUCUAGAUAAUCUUAACUUAAAAAAGAAAAAAAAAAAAGAACAUUUUAGAGUUCAGAUAAAACAUAAAAAUGAAUUUCUUGGAGAUGUUGUUUUUCUGAUAAUAGAACAUUGUAUAAUCUUUAUAGUUUUAUAUUACCAUUUAUAUGGAUAGUUUUACAUUGAUAUUGACUUGAAUAGUCGUAGUAUCCUCAUGAAUAAGCAUUUAGUGUUUUAUGAUAUACUUUAGAAGUGUUUAGAAUUUUUAUUGAUGAUUUUUUUAAAAAGUAGAACAUGUAAUAUUUCAUUAAGCAAAAUAAAAAUAUGAGGAUAAUCUUUCUGAAAGACAAAACUAGUGUUAAUCAUAGAUAUAUUGCAUUUAAAUAAAUUUAUAAUUUCUGUACUGAGCACUGGAGAUAGUGCUCCGGUGUAGCAUUGUAUUAUUCAUCCAGUGUAGCAUUGCUUAAUGCAUUGUUACUUUAAGUGUCACUUUUUGUCUUUAAGAUAGCAUGCAGUUAUUUAAGAAAAGUUAUUUUUUCCUGUAACCUUUAUUCAAUAAGGAAUGCAUUCUAAUGAUUUUACAUCUAGCUUAAGAAUUUCUUCUGUUUGUAAAUCAAUUGCUUUGUUGUGUAAAUGGCAAUUGCUAAAAGUCUCUUUUCUAGUUCUUUAUUUUAGAAAUUAUUUCUUCCUAAGUGUUCUCCUCUUGUUACUAGUUUUCACUCCAGUUUUAUAUCUUUCUUUAUGCAAGAUGAAUAAGAAUUAUCUGAUUAAAUUUCACCUACAAUAACGCAUAAAAUGCGAAAUAUGUAUCGUAGCUUAUGUAUGUAACAACAAAAAUUUAAAUUUUGUAUAAUUUCUUUAUAUGUUGCUUAAUUUAUUUCUUCCUAUGUUUUUAUGUUUAUAUUCAUUUUUUAAUUGGUUUUUUCCUUUUUUUAUGUUGAUUUCUCCAUAUUGAAUUAAAGAUUUACUAGUUGCUGUCAUGUUUUGUUAAAGGGUUUAUAAAUAUGUAAUAAUAUAAUUUCCAAUGAUGUAUUUAUCUAUCUUAUUUAUUUUUUAUUUUGCUUCUUGUUUGAGAAGUAUAAUUAUAUUCCUUUGUAAAUAAUCCUCAAUUACUCCUCAUUAUUAAAAAAAUGAUAUGAGUUAAAAUUUAUAUGGAGUAUUUUCUUCAAUUGUUAAAUAACAUGAAAGGAAUUUCCUAGUUAUGAAAUUUUUUUGGAUGUGUGGGAUAUAUUCGAGAGUUUCAAGAUGUGUAUUAAUGAAAAUAUUUGUUUUUGAUUAGGUUUAUUUUUGAGUAGUACGUUCCAAAUAUGCCUAUUAAAUGGUUAUCUAUCAGUGCACUUAUAACUUCAGUGAUUCCCCUUGGAAACUGAAUCCUUAGGACCCAAUACUUCCAAACUUCUGGGUGCCUAUUUAAAAUAUGAAUUGUUUAAUUUGUUAUGCAUCUAUUAAUAAGUACAAAUAUUGAAAUAUUACUGUACAAAUAUUGAAUGAAAAUAUUAUUUAGUUAUUGAUUCGGUUUAUUUUUGAGUAACAUGUUCCAAAUAUUCCAAUUAAAUAGUUAUCUAUUUGUGCUCUUAUAACUUCAGUGAUUCUGCUUGGAAACUAUGAAUCCUUAGGACCCAGUACUUCCGAAUUUCUGUGUGCCUAUUUAAAAUAUGAAUUUUUUUAUUUGUUAUCCAUCUAUUACUAUGCAAAAUCUUAAUUUUGCUUAUAGUCAAAACAAGAUUUUCAAAAGAAGAAAAAAAGAGAAAUAUUUAUAUUUGAGCUAUCAAUAAUUUGAAUUAAGGCUGAUCAAACUCUUGCAUCAAGGAAAAGCAAGAUGUAAUUUGACACUCAUAAUUAUUUUAAUUUUCUCCUUCGGCUGUUAAUAAAGAAGUGGAAUUUUAUUUUUAUAUUUGUAUAUAAAUAAAAUUAGGUUAUAAUUGUGCCAACAUAAAUCUACUUACAUAGUACUUUUUUUGGUUCUGCUGGAAAGUUCAGCGUUAUGCCUCAUAACAUAUUUUUAAUGCCUUUUCUACUUCAAUUUCUAAAUGGGGGGAGGGGGAAGAAAAGCUUUAAACAUUGUUUCAUUAGAAUCAUUACACAUUUUUCAGUAUGUUUUUUUUCUUUUUAAUUUUGAGUACUACUACUACAAAUGUAAUAAUGAAAUAGCUAAAUAUAUGACUAGUCUAGGUAUUUUUUAAAUGGACAAAACUUUAAAAUGUUAACACAUUUUAUAGGAAUUACCAAAUUUUUUUGAGUAUUUUUUUAUUUGUUUUUGCAAGUUUGCCAAUUAAAUCUAUGUUUGAUGUUCAAAUGCUAUUUAUUUCCUGAAUGGGAGAGAACUAAAAAAUUUUUUAUGCAUUUGCUCAUUUUUAUUAGAAAUAUUUAUUUUUUCUCGUGGAUGUUUGUGGUUCUUGAUUAAUUUUACUUUUAAGAAGAGUAUUUCACUGUACUUUUUAAUGUCAAUAUAAAUAUCCUAAAUGUUUAAUUACCUCAUCAUCAUUUAUCUAUCUGUCUCAUUAUCCUUCUGUCUCAUUAUCUAAACUAUCUCAUUGUCUAUUAAAUGUCUCAUCCUUAUCUAAGAUUUUUUUUCUGAAUUACAAUAUACAGUUUUGUGUAGUAUAAAUUUUUUAAUUGAAUAGACAAUUGUUAUUUAAUGUUGCAACUCUUUCCUCCCUAACCCUAAAGUAUUUUUGGACCUUUUUUUAUAAAUUGUACUUUUGCUCAAUUGCCUUCCAUCCAUUUUGUUAUGUGUGUUUUGUCAUUUUCUAGAAAAAAAACUGUUGUACUUUCAAAGUUUAUUUUAAUACUAUGUGAGAACUAUGAUCUCGUUUUAUAUUUAAUAUAUUUUUGUAGUAUAUAUGCUUGAAAUUUUGCUUUUGUUUGUGUUAUUAACAUGAAUAAUUCAGUGCCUUUCGGGAAAUUUUGAAAUACAAACUUUUGAAACUCCAAUUAAUAAAGAGUUAAUUUUGUAGCAAUAAAUUUGUUUAUUGUUCUCAUGCAAUCAUUUUCAGUAAAGCAAAUAAUCAUUUUAAUAAAGCUCAAUAAAGCUUGUUUACUUAUUCUA